AUGCCUCCCAAAAAAACAGAAGCGGACUCGCCUGAUGCUCCUCAAUCGCCUGAUACACCUGUGGAGAAGAUGGCUGAGAAAGAAGGUGCGGCAGCAGUGAGAAAACCUGCAACUCAUCCGUCCACGGCGAUCAUGGUGGGAGAGGCCCUUAAAGAACUCGACUCUCGAAAAGGGGUGUCUAACCAGGCGAUACAGGGCUACAUUAAACAAAAAUACCCCGAAAUGGACCCGGCUAGGCUGAAAAGCCUGGUCCGCAAAGCCCUGAUAAAGGGGUUGGAGUCUGGCACGAUGGUGAGACCUGCCAACGCCGCCGACACCAUCAGCGCAGUGGGGAAGUUCAGGCUUGCACCAAAAGUCAAAGAGUCGAAGCCAAAAACUGAAAAUGUGGAUCCCAAUGUUGGCAAAGUUCCCAAGGAUGGCGUGAAGAAGCCCAAAACGGCAGGAGUAAGUAAGAAGAAAAGCUCUGCAGAUGCUGAUGCGAAGAUUUCAAAGCCUCUCAAAAAGUCCAAGAAAGAGUCUGCUCCAGCAGAGCCCGGUCCAGAAGAGCCCGCUCCGGCAGAGCCCGGUCCCUCAAAGUCUGCUCCACCAAAGAGGCCAAAAGCUAAAAAAGCUGAAGUGCAGGAGGGUGAUGAAGGAAGUUCUGAUGCAACUAAAACUAAAACCAAAGUUGCAAAGACUGUAAAGGAACCUAAGAGCAAAGUUGCUAAGGAAGGCAGUGAUGGAACUAAAACUAAAACCAAAGUUGCAAAGACUGUAAAGGAACCUCAGAGCGAAGUUGCUAAGGAAGAUGAUGAUGGAUCUUCGUCUAAAGCAACUAGCAAACGAGGGAAGAAGACUUAA